GUGUGUGUGUGUCAAAGGGAGAGCGAGAUGCACUGCAUAGUACUUUGUAAACCUCAGUAGCGUUCAGUGGGAAGUGAGAGCAGUUUCAGUGGUGUGCAGGAACACGAGCACCCCGGCAGAUGACCCCGGCAGAUGACCCCGUCGUCACGGCGCUCUGCAGGUCUGGCUAAGCCCUGGCAAAGGGCCGCGUGGUGUAACAGGAUUCCGAAAGUUUCACAAAAAAACAUGACUUACUGGAAUAAAAUGCUAGGAGAGCACAUUUACUAACCGCUGUCUAACCCACAAACAGUGAACAGCUGCACUCAUUAUGUGACACUCUUUUUCUCUGUCUCUCUCUGUCUCUCACACACACACACACACACACUUGCUCUACUCCACUUCCUGUCAGAGAGAGAGAGAAAGAGAGACUCGUAAUAUGUCUAAACCUCUGGUAUCUCCUCGGACACGCAUUCUUCAGAUUUGGAUUGCAUCCCAAAAGGUUACGUAUUUUUUUACGUAGAAAGUUGGAUGUAUUCGAGAAAGAAUUGAUAAAAUAACAUUUAACAAGAACAGACUGCAAAAGUCAAGGUAUAAUAAGAAAAAUAAAGUUUCCCUGAGCAAAAUACCAAGGUGUUGUUUCAUUUGGGAAGCCCAAUGGGAAAGCUUUGAAUGUCCCAUGACGUUGGGCUAGCUGUUUUGGAAGCCCUUGACCUAAAGAGAGACAAAAGACAUCCAGACAGAGUGAGAAAAACGGAGAACAAGGGGGUGGAAGUGGUUCUGAAGGCCAGCCUCCAGUUUAGCCCCGGGACGGAGGGCUCUUCAGCCAGGAGAGCAGCAGGAGUCUCCCAGGAAUGUUCAAGGAACUUUCAGAGAAGGCUAAAAAGAUCCUCACUGUUAGGACAGUCAAGUGUUACCGUAAAUGUGCAGCAGGUCGUUAAACAGUCUCUGUUAGUCUUUACGCCCUGUGGAGUUGGGAGUGGCUUGGAAGAGUGUGUUCUGUCUGUGGAUGAACCAUGUUCCAUCCCAUAGUCGGAUUUACUGGACCCAAGGUCUGUGGUUCUGCCCCUUGCAGUCUUGCGCUUGAUCAGAGUUGUAUUAUUUGAUUUAACCAGGUUCUGAUGGCUGUUAAACACCAACAUGUGUAAUAGUGACCAUGCCAAAAAAUUAAGUAAAAAAAAACAUAUUUUUUUAUUCUUAUUUGAUCUACCCUGUGACCAGUAUUUGAAUUUCAGAUUCAGAAACUUUUUUUUUCUUUCUCAGUCUUCUUUCUGCUUUUCUUGAAUCUAAAUUCCUUAAAGCGGACUGGAGGUAAACUAGUCUGCCUCUCAGGUCCUCUCAGUCCGCUCACAAACAGCAGCUUGGAAACUGAAUCCCCAUUUGCUGUCAGACUGACAAAAGUCCGAGACCGAAAUAAGCCAAGCCAGCCGCCUAGCACUAUAGCCUGUCAGCCAGUCUUUAAAUAUAAUAAUCAUUAAGUACUGAUCCCAGACCAUUAAGUGAAGCGGUAGGCGUGAAGCUUCCAACCCUCCAGCACGCUGCAGUGUUUACUAUACAAGCGCGGUUGAGUUACACCAUGUACAGUAAAAUGGGCAGGACUGCCAGUAACUCGAGUCACUUACCAACAAAAGCAUCAUUUCCUGAAAGCUCCUCCCUCUCCCCUGCUCCCCUCUCCUCCCUCUCUCUCUCUCUCUCUUGCUCUCUCCCCAACCACCUUUGAGCACUGGGGAACCAGACCACAAUCAAUAUGACUAAACCUUCUAUGCAAAUACCUGGCAGCUCUGGCAAACCAGGAAGUGUGUUUUAGAGGCCAUGCGGGAGAGAGGGUGGAGCUGGACAGAGUCUACCUGGGCUGUGUGUGUGAGAGAGAGAGAGAGCUGUUGUUGAGCAACAUCAGCUGUAAAGAGACUCUUACUACUACUGUAGCCAGCACAUACAUGGAAGAAGGUGUCAGGAAUAGGGGAAGGUGAUUUAGGAGUGUGUGUGCUCCUCUCGGAGUGUUUGGACUCAUGUCGCUCAUGCAGUUUUGGAAUAAGUUGUACACGCAGUUGGGACGACCGCUACCCAAGGACCUGUCAUGUAUAGAUGACCUCUCCAACACAUCGCUGUUCUCCUCUCCGGCCGACUCGCUGUCGGAGUACGCCGACGCCCAGAACCUGAUCAGCACAGACAGCCUGGCCCACGGCCUCACCAUAUGGGACGUCAACACCAAUACCUCAGGCCCUGGCGGCCCCGCCUCCACACCAGCACAGAGCCAGCUGGAGCUGAAUGGCUCCAGCAGGUUUCAGGGUUUGAGCAGUUUGGAGGAAAUCACUGCCAUAAUCAGCACUCCACCUUUUGGAGGAUUCCAGGCUCCGAGGAUCCAGACGCCUGCGGAAGAGGAGGAGGAGGCAGAGGAGGAGGAGACGGAGGAGCUGGGCCAUGUGGACACGUACGCAGACUACAAGCCCUCCAAAUCCACCAUCGGGAUCUCCCACCCAGACAUCGUCGUGGAGACCAACACGCUGUCCAGCGUCCCCCCUCCCGACAUCACCUACACGCUGUCCAUUCCUGACACCAUCAUCAACAACGGCCUGCUCUCCGCCCUGCAGCUGGAGGCCAUCAUCUACGCCUGCCAGCAACACGAGGUGAUCCUGCAGAACAACCAGCGAGCAGGCUUCCUGAUCGGAGACGGUGCUGGCGUGGGGAAGGGCCGCACGGUGGCCGGCAUCAUCCUGGAGAACUACCUGAAGGGCAGGAAGAGAGCGCUCUGGUUUAGCGUCUCCAAUGACCUGAAGUAUGACGCCGAAAGAGACCUGAAAGACAUCGACGCCCCCAUCAUCCCUGUGCAUGCCUUAAACAAGAUAAAGUAUGGAGACACAGCUACCUCAGAGGGUGUCCUGUUUGCUACCUACUCCGCUCUGAUUGGAGAGAGCCAGGCCGGGGGCCAGCACCGGACCAGACUCAAGCAGAUCCUGGACUGGUGUCAACCCGGCUUCGACGGAGUCAUUGUGUUUGACGAAUGCCACAAAGCCAAGAACGCCACGUCCACCAAGAUGGGCAAGGCAGUGCUGGACCUGCAGAACAAGCUGCCACUUGCCAGGGUGGUCUACGCCAGUGCCACAGGUGCCUCCGAGCCAAAGAACAUGAUCUACAUGAGCCGCCUGGGGAUCUGGGGUGAGGGCACGCCCUUCAAGACCUUCGACGACUUCCUCCACGCCAUCGAGAAGAGGGGUGUGGGUGCCAUGGAGAUCGUCGCCAUGGACAUGAAGGUGAGCGGCAUGUACAUCGCCCGGCAGCUGAGCUUCUCCGGAGUGUCGUUCCGCAUCGAGGAGAUCGGAUUGGACGACGACUUCAAGCUGGUCUACAACAAGGCGGCCAAACUGUGGGCCGAGGCGCUGGCCACGUUCACGCGGGCGGCUGACGAGCUGGGCCUGGUCAGCAGGAAGUCUUUGUGGGGCCAGUUUUGGUCGUCGCACCAGCGCUUCUUCAAGUACCUCUGCAUCGCCGCCAAAGUGCGCUGCCUGGUGGAGCUGGCUAAGAAGGAGCUGCUGGCGGGCAAGUGCAUCGUGGUGGGGCUGCAGUCCACGGGGGAGGCCCGUACCCGGGAGGUCCUGGACGAGAACGACGGCCACCUGGACCGAUUCGUUUCUGCUGCAGAGGGUGUGUUCCAUUCUCUGGUGAUGAAGCACUUUCCCUCAGAGAAGCAGAGGAGAGAGAAAGGGCCUGGAAACAAGAGGAAACGUAAACCCAGGGGCCGGCAGCCCAAACUGCCCAAGCACACGGUGGAGAUCAGCGGGGUGAUCAACAUCAGCGACGACAGCAGCACCGACUCCGACGCCAUGGAGACGGACUCCAACUCCUCGCCCGACUCGCUGCUCGACAACGAUGACGUGAUCUUCGUCAACCACACCAGCUGCCACACAGCCAAGAUCGAGGAGAUGAAACACAGCCUCCUCAACAGGAUCACAGAGCUGGGGAAGGAGCUCCCUCUGAACACCCUGGACGAGCUCAUCGACAAGUUCGGAGGACCAGAGAAAGUCUCCGAGAUGACGGGGCGUAAGGGGCGCGUGGUGCGUCGCCCCGACGGCAGCGUGCGCUACGAGUCGCGGGCCGAGCAGAGCCACACCAUCGACCACAUCAACGUGAAGGAGAAGGACCGCUUUAUGAGAGGAGAGAAGCUGGUGGCCAUCAUCUCAGAGGCGGCCAGCUCGGGGAUCUCCCUGCAGGCGGACAAGCGGGUCAAGAACCAGUGCAGGCGGGUGCACAUGACCCUGGAGCUGCCCUGGAGCGCAGACCGAGCCAUCCAGCAGUUCGGUCGAACUCACCGGUCCAACCAGGUGACGGCUCCAGAGUACAUCUUCCUCAUCUCAGAGCUGGCUGGAGAGAGGCGCUUUGCCUCCAUCGUAGCCAAGAGGCUGGAGAGUCUGAGUCCCUCUCCCCUUUCCCUCUGUCUGUGUGCCUGGGCUCUGAAGGAGGGGGGGCAGGACUUCCAGAAAGUCUCUCCUGUCUCUGCCAACCAAGCGCCGUAAACGUUCCUCAGAAUAGCCCGCAUCAUUGCCCCCCGCCCUCCCUGUCUGCCUCUGGCUAACUUGGAUACCUUUAGUGAUUGUCUUGUCUCCAGAUAAGCGGUGAUGUCAUACCCGCCGGGGGGGAGAGAUAAGUCUUUUGUCCUCAUCUCCAGACGUGUGUGUGUGUGUGUGUGUGUGUGUGUGUGUGUGUGGGCGGCGGCGGCGACACACACACACACACAGACCGUACUUGUGAAAGCCACGCCCUGGAUGUGCUCUCAGUAGUAGAUGGGUUUGGUACAGCUGAUGUGUGGGGAUGUGAGAGAGAGAGGGGUGC